AUGGACAAUUCUGAGUUAUAUGAGAUACAAUAUAUAUUCGGCUCUUAAAUACUGGAUAACAAAAUGCAAUACUGUGUCAAGUGGAAAAAUUAUCCUAAAUCUCAAAGAACUUGGGAGCCUAUUGAGAAUCUAGGAGUUCAUAACAUAUCUUCAGUUCGUAGAUAUUAAAGACAUGCAGAUUACUUUCUCUUUUAUUAGUUCAUAUAUGAAGGUUAGGUAGAAGGAUAUAGAGUGCAUUAAAAAUAAAAUACACUUGAAAAAAUUAAAGUCAUACCAGACCCUCAAGAAGAAGAUGAACAAAUAGAUUAAGCUAAUACAGAUAAAUUGAAUACAACUCUCAAGGAUACAAUUAAUUAAGAUAAUAUUAAAUCAAUAUCUACAUCUAAAGAUGCUACAAAAAAGGUCACUCGAUCUGGUAGAAAAUACAUUUAAAGAAAAGAAGAUCAUGAGUCACAUUCUGAUUCUAAAGACUCUGAUUUUGGUAAAAGGAGUAAGAAAUCUAAAUUUAAGGCCAAAUCUUCAUAAUCAAGAAAGAAAUCUCCAACUUCAGGAGAUAAAUCUAAUUAAACUUAACCAAAGAAAUCUUAAUUUGUAAAAUAGGAAUAAGUUGAAACUGAUGAAAUAAAUCAUGUCUAAUAGAAAUCUUAAGAAAGUCAAUAACUUCUAGAUUAAGAAAAACAAAAUGAAGAAAUUUUAAGUGAAAAGUCAUAAUCUCAUAAAGAAGAAUAAUAAUAAAAAGUAUAGACAAGAUUAAGAAAUGUAAGAAAAGAAAAAUCAGUUGAAUAGAUCAAGUCACCUGCUUAUUUUAAUUAAAUUAGAAAGUUUAUUUAGACUUUAAAUGAAGAUGAGAAAUAACUUGUUUCAUCCUAUAUUAAUGAUAAAAUGAAGGAUAAUAUAUUUGAAAAUUUAGGAGCCUUAUGUAUAUUAGAUUAUAUGUAGAGAAGAGAUGAAGUAUUGAAUGAAAUUAAAUAAUAAGAAUAUAUUUAUCCUUAAAAAGGAGAACCUGGUAAUUAACUUAACAAAUAAAAUAAAAGGGUUAAGAAAUUAGAAAAAUCAUCUAUUAAAAUGGAAUCUUAAAGAUCAACUGAUAUUGCUUGUCGUCCCUAAUCUAAAAGACUUAUUAGAUUAUCAGCAUUUGAAUAAAAAAAGAAAUGUCUUAAAAAAAAGGAUGAUCUUUGUAAUAUGGCAGAUUUCUUGGCAUCUAUAAAUAAAUUUCCAUAAUUUGGAGUUGUCUCGACUGAAAUCGAUUUAAAAAAUCAUUAUGGAUAGAUUGGAUUUUAAAUUGGAGAAGAAAUAACUGGACAUUAUUAUGGUUUAAAUGCUAAUGAAACUGGUAAGGCUACUGUUUAGUUAUAUUUUAUUAUGAAAUUCAGAAGAGAAGGAGAUAAAACAUUUUUAUAUAAUCAUGUCACCAAAGCUGAAUGUUAACUUUAUGAAAAAGAUUUACUCUAUGAUUAUGUCUAUAAGAAUAAGGAUUUACUACCAGAGAUGUAUAAUGAACUUAUUGUUAGAAGUGUUUAUAAUUAAUAAUAAUGA